CUUGUUCUUGGCCCGGCUGCACGCGGCGUUCAUGGCGCUCUGCGAGCUUUUUUCUCACCCCGCCGAGCGCCGGUACCGCGCGGGGCUCUGUUCCAAGGCCGCCCUGUUCCUGCUACUGGCCGCAGUGCUCACGUACAUCCCGCCGCUACUGGUGGCCUUCCGGAGCCACGGGUUUUGGCUGAAGCGCAGCAGCUACGAGGAGCAGCCGACCGUGCGCUUCCAGCACCAGGUGCUGCUGGUGGCCUUACUGGGACCCGAGCACGGCGGGUUCCUCGCCUGGAGCACGUUCCCUGCCUUCAACCGGCUGCAGGGGGAUCACCUGCGCGUCCCGCUUGUUUCGCCGAAUCUCUUUAGCACCUCGAGAUGGUGGUCUGCGCUGUACUUAUUUUACUUCGCUGGGAAAAAAAUCAGACUUUCUUCCGUCAACUCAAUAAGAUGAUUUUUUUUAAUCUGAUCAUUUGAAUAACUAAACAAAGUAUGGUUUUGAUAACUUUUUUUCUGAUUACUUUUAAAAUUUCCCUUCAUUUUUUUUUCUGAUUACAAAAAUGUAUGCUCAUUGUAAAAUAUUAAAGAAUUACAAAUAUAUAUAAGGAGAGAAAAGGCUCAGGCACAUGUAUCAAUAUUUGCUGAUCAACCUUAUUCUUUUUAAAGUUUGCAAAGCAUUUCAUGAUAUGGAGGAGCUAUAAUGCUUUUAGCCAGUUCCCUGUGGAUGGAUAUUUGAUUUGCUUCCAGUCUUUCACUAUUAAAGACAAUCCUGCAAGAGCAGGAUUUUGAAUAAAUCUAUAAAUCUUACACCUUGAAUGUCAAAUUGUGAGGAAUUGGAGUACAAGCUGUUUAUUGUAAUUGUGAGAAGUACAUGGAAAACUAAAAAAAAGCGUUAACUCUAGGGAAGUAAAAAAUAUGGAAAGGUAUAGUAAUCAGAAUUGUGAAUAGGGUUUUAUGUAGCCAUAAGUAUGUGAACACUGAAUACUGACUAACCAAAAUGACAGUUUAACUCUAUUGGGA